UCCAUCGCAACAACGAAAUCCGUCAACUUUCAAAAAACCCCCUCCCCUUCAAUAAUAAAAUACUAUUCCAACUUCAACAUCAAUCAUGGCGAAUGACGAAUACGACGUAAGUACAUCCAUCAACUCCCAUUCAUCUUGCCAAACUUACAGGAUAUGCUAACAUCUCUUGGAUAGUUCCUGUUCAAGGGUAAAUAACAUCCCUCUUCUCUACUCCCCUCACAACCUUCUACCUCGCUCUGUUACUGUCGUUUCCUUGGUCGCUGACUUCGUUCCCUUCCCUCAUAGUUGUCCUCAUCGGAGACUCUGGUGUCGGUAAAUCCAAUCUUUUGAGUCGAUUUACUCGAAAUGAAUUCAAUUUAGACUCAAAAUCGACCAUCGGUGUAGAGUUCGCAACUCGAUCCAUUCAAGUGGAUGCAAAGACAAUCAAGGCGCAGAUUUGGGAUACCGCUGGACAGGAAAGAUAUCGCGCCAUUACAUCCGCUUAUUAUAGAGGUGCCGUCGGAGCUCUUCUGGUCUACGAUAUUAGCAAACACCAAACCUACGAAAAUGUUACAAGAUGGCUGAAGGAGUUGAGGGAUCAUGCUGACUCUAACAUCGUCAUCAUGUUGGUCGGAAACAAGAGCGAUUUAAGGCAUCUUAGAGCUGUACCUACGGAGGAAGCCAAACAAUUUGCGAGUAAGGAAGUCCUUUAUCUACGAAGAGAAUUUCAUGUUGACCGUUGGCAUUGCAGGCGAAAACAACCUAUCCUUUAUUGAAACCUCAGCUCUCGAUGCGAGCAACGUUGAGCUUGCUUUCCAAAACAUCCUUACUGGUAUGACUCCUUUAAACAUUUCGCUUUGAUUCACAAACGCUAAUAAUAUCUCCCAUUUUAGAAAUCUAUCGAAUUGUAUCUCAGAAAGCACUCGACAAUGGUGAUUCUGCACAGGCCACUAUCGGAAGUGGUACAAAUAUUACUCUUACACCCCCUCCUUCGGACGAGGCAGCGAAGGGAGGCGGAAAAUGUUGUUAAGUAGCCAGGUGUUCUUACUAUGCGCAGCUACGCGGACAUAUUGGUUGGUGGUUGAUACAAAGGUGUGGCGUCUUUAAAUGUCAUUGCGGGAGCAUGGGGGGUCGCGAAGUCAGGGCUAAGCAAAGCGCUCAAAGCACUCGAUGAGCGGGCUCAAGGAUAUCUUCCCUUUUUUUUUCCAAUUAUGUUGUCCGGUGGUUCUUCCUCUCUGGGAUUUCACGUCUGCAACGAUCGCUACGCUUGUCUAAUGCAAUGGUUUUUGUCUUAAUAUGUCUGUCCUAAC